AUGGAUAAUCUAAGGAAAGUCUAUGCGGAACCGUCUACAUUUGAACGGAAACCUUACGAGACAUUUUGCUUCUAUAUGAUUCUAGCUAUUUCAGCUUCGAAUGUUCAAAAGCUUCAUUGGCAGUCAUUGCCCGAAGCGGAAACAUACCAUGCACAAGCCAUGUCCAGAUUGAACGAUAUCCUAGCUUUGGGGGGCAUCGUAGCGCUACAGGCGAUUCUACUCCUCUGUCAAUAUCAAUUGACAAACUCCACACAGAGAACAUCUGGAAGUCUAUGGCACAUGGUUGGGAUGGCGGCACGAAUGUGUUUCGAGAUGGGCCUCCACCGGGAAGAGGCGUAUAAUUAUCGAGGAAACUCUACACCAGCCUCCACUUUCACGGUACAUCCUCGAUGGCUGUGGUGUGUAUUGGCAAUGGAUCGCGUAGUCAGUAUUACGCUAGGUCGACCAUUCGCAAUACACCUAGAAGACGUGGACCUCGCACUUCCAGAUUACGGAAUCACACAACCUUUGAGUACUCCAGAAGGGCAUGAGGUACGCCCAACGGAGGAGCAGUACCGAGAAGCGGUCUUCGCGCAUAUAAUCCGGUACCGUAUUCUUUGCGGCAGAAUCAUGUCAUCUCUGCACCGAGGCCGAUACACCAAUAACGAACAUUCCGCCUUGGCUGCACAAGCCGAGCUUGCCAAUGACCUGGAAGAAUGGCACACCAAGACGAGCACAUUACACCUUGAAAGUGGUGCGUCAGACGGAGCCAAGGUCUCCAGUUUCCUAACCGUUGAGUGGUACGAGAUGGUCUAUCACAAUGCUCUGCUCAUGUUGUACCGGCCUUCUCCAGCGCUCCCAUUGAACUCAUCCAGAGCAGCAGUGGCAGUGCCAAUCAUAUAUGAGUCGGCAAAAAAGGCGAUUGGUUUCUACGCACAUCUUCAUGAAUUACAACGGAUCAACUAUACCUGGAUUACGUUGCAUGGCGUCUUCAUGGCUGGUCUUUCCUUUGUUUAUGCUGCUGGACAGCAUUUCCGCACCAAGAAGAACCAGCGUCUUGGCCAGGGAUCACCGAUGCUAAGCUCCGAUCCAUCAAUUCUGGAAAUCGUCAACAUCUGCCGCUCUUGCUCCAGUGUCUUGGUGGCGGUGUCAGAACGUGGGGAUAUCGCUCGUCAUUGCCAUCGUGUUUUCGAUCGGCUGAGCGAUGCUGUAUUAUCAGAUGCGGUCGAAUAUCACACAGCACCUCGACUUGGUAGCUUGCCGCAGCCGGUUCCUCCCACCCCUCCUGCGUUGUGCAACAGUGUCCCUCCAAAUAUCGCCGCCUCAAAUUAUACAAUGGAUACGUUGCCGUCCGAGGGCUGGUCUUUCCAGGAUCCAAUGCUAUCAUCUCUGCUUGCGGUCGAUGACGUUUUUCGGGAUUGCUUUGACGAUCUACAACAUUUCCACGAGUCUGCAUUCGGCGAAGACCCCAUUGGUCAACUUUCACAGGAUUGGCUAGGACAGAUCGGUGGUUCGCAACUACCUGAAACCGAGACAUGA